AUGUUGGUAUUUUUGACUUUUUUGGUGAUGGCUGGAGCACAGGAGGAGUUUUUGUGGAAUCGAUGGGGUUAGUUUUUGUUUGGCAGAUUUUUUAGCGCUAUGAAUAUUGAGACACGCAAUUUGAAACGUAUUUUUUCCAAUGGGAAUAUUUUAAUUUUUUUUUUAAGUUCUGAAUCCAGUCAGAUUUGACCUCCUUAUCAAAAUUAAAAGACAUUAUUUGUAAAAACGUAAACUUUACAACAGAGGCUCGGACAAAAAAGUCAUGAUCUCAGAAUCGGCCCAAUUUUUUUCUUAGUAAGCCCCAUGGGUGGGGAACUUUUUCCACCAGGUUAGAGAUCAUGAUAUCAUUUCGCCAAUUUGGUGGGACCGGGUGAAGGGGUAAAUUGUUUUUCGAAAAAAAUUCGUAAGUCGGUUUAACGUUCAUAUUUUUUGAUGAUUAAAAAAGCAUUUUGCUCGUCUUUUGACGCUCUUUGCGAUGGAAAAGAGCACGAAUUUCGAUACUCUAUCCUAAAAAAAAUUUUUUUUUUCGCCAUAAUACAACAUUGCUUAGGAGUCAUUUCCGCUCUUUCUAACCGCUUCCAAAAUGUUCCUCGUGCUUUUUUACCUAUAUUUAGCUACUUUCAAAAAAAUCGCCGGCACCUAUCAACCUCGGAAAAUCACCUAAAAGGGCGCCACUCAAGCGCGCGCGCUCAUAUAACACACAUAUGUGCAUGUGUGUGUUUGUGUGCAUUGAAGGAUUACUGUAGGUGGGAGAAAAAGUUAAAAAAAACGACUUUCUCGUGGAAACUAUGCAAAUUACAAUGAAUAGUUCCCAAAAUGAAGUUCCCCAAAGGCAUUUUACAUGCAAAAAUUUUCUUUUCGGACUUUCAAGGGGUUGGACUUUUUUUUGAUAUUUUUUAGCUCUGAACUUUGAAAAAUCGUAUUUCCACUUACAGUGGACAAAAAAAUGUCGAAGAAAAAAGCAUAAUGGAUCUCAAAUAUCGCUCUAUUGACUGAAAAUAAGAGUUGUUAAAAGUAUCAAGUGUUCUAGUGCCAAUUUUCGAACUCUACGUUUAAAGUUACGUACUGUAGUAUGUUAAAACUACUCAGAAAAUCAUCAUAGAUAGGUACUGUGCCUAGAAAAUCAUUCCGGCAAAUCUUCAGGCUUAGAGAGCAGCUCUGGCAAGGAUUCACGCCUAGAAAGAAAUACUGACAAGGAACUACGCCUAGAAAGAUAUUCUGACAAAGUUCGGCGCCUAGACGUUCAUUCUGGCAAGGAGUCCAGCUUAGAAAAAAAUCAUGGAUAGCUCUCUUAGGCGCGGCUCCUUGCCAGAUCAAUUGUCUAGGCGUUGACUCUUAUAAUAAUGGUUUUCUAGACGCGAAUCUUUGUCAGACUUGCUUUCUAGACAUAGAUCCUUGUCAGUGUUACUUUCUAAGCGUGUUUCUAGGCGUGAUCCUAGUGAAAGCUUCGUGGAUUCUUGUUCGAAUUUUUUGCUGAAGUGCCGUACCUCGUCUGGUGGUCUCUGAAAGCGCAACGACGUGAUGUAAAAACUCGCAAGGCGCUGUACCAAGUUAAAGUGGUUCUCCAGGCACGGUUGUUGGUCAUAGAGGCUUUUCUGGCGCAAAUAGUUGAAAGCGUAAGAGUUUUGGACAUUUUCAAAAAUUUCCCGUUAGCAAACUUUCUUCAAAUGUUGUUCGGACCCCUGAAACUUUUCCCAAAAAAUUAUUUUUUGAAUAAUAUUUUUUCCGCUGUGAGGAAUCCAUUGGCCUUUUUUCGCAGAAAUUACUACUCAACUUUACUCAAAAGUGCAGCCUGCAGAAAACACUAUUGAAAAUUGUUGUUGAUUUUUGCAAAAGAAAAACAUAAAAUCAAUUUCCAGUACCACUGGGGACACAGGGUGUAAUUUACUACCCGAAAAAUUUCCCGCAUUUUUUGAGACCUGACACAAUCUUAGAGGUGGGACUAAAAACGACGAAAUUCAACGCAAAAUUGAGAGAUUCAGAGAAAAUUUUUUUUUUGAUCUACCAGAAAAUUUCUUGAAAAUUUUGAAGCCUAGAGAUUUUGGGUAGUAAAUUACAUCCUGUGGGGACCGGACACCUAUCAAUUUUAACAUGCUAUUGUACGUAACUUCAAACGCAGAGUUUGAAAAUUGGCACUAGCACACUUGAUACUUCCUCUAACAAGGAAACCUUUUUACUCAACACUUCAAAUCAUGAUGAAAUUUUGUCCAUAGAUAGCUUUUGGGGUCAUAAGAACACCCUAAAAAUUUUGUCUCCCAAUGGACCUCUGAGCCAAGUUCUGGGCUCUCAAAAGUUCAAAAAUUGCCAAAAUUGGCUCAUAAAAUACAUCAUAACUCAAUUCUCGAUCAUUUUUAUGAAAAAACUGAGUAGCUGAUGAUGUUCAGCGUUGUCGAUUCACCCAAAAAGCAUCAAUAAAUCAAAUUUUCAAAAAAAAAUUCAUUUAUGAAAAAAGAAUGAGCAGAGACACAUGAAUUUUCAUGAAUUUUCAGCCGAAAAAUAAUAAAAUUCAAAAUUUUUCGAAAAAAAAGUUUUAUUGUUGUACUUUUAGUAAAUCGACUAUGCUGUUCAUUAUCUGAAACUUUAUUUCUCCCACAAAUUAUUUUGAAAUGGAGCUAUGAUGACUUUUAUGAGCAAUUUUCAGCAAAUUUCGAACUUUUGAGAGCCCAGAACUUGGCUCAUAGGUCCAUUGGGAGACUAAAAUUUUUAGGGUGUUCUUAUGAUCCGAAAAGCUGUCUAUGGACAAAAUUUCAUCAAAAUUUGGAGUGUUGAGUAAAAAGGUUCCCUUGUAAAAACAAUUUCAAAAAUGUUUUUGUUUAUUCUGAAAUUUUCAAGUUUUCUAGGUCGAAAAAAUUAUUUUUUAACAACUCUUAUUUUCAGUCAAUAGAGCGAUAUUUGAGAUCCAUUAUGCUUUUUCUUCGACAUUUUUUGUCCACUGUAAGUGGAAAUACGAUUUUUCAAAGUUCAGAGCUAAAAAAUAUCAAAAAAAAGUCCAACCCCUUGAAAGUCCGAAAAGAAAAUUUUUGCAUGUAAAAUGCCUUUGGGGAACUUCAUUUUGGGAACUAUUCAUUGUAAUUUGCAUAGUUUCCACGAGAAAGUCGUUUUUUUUAACUUUUUCUCCCACCUACAGUAAUCCUUCAAUGCACACAAACACACACAUGCACAUAUGUGUGUUAUAUGAGCGCGCGCGCUUGAGUGGCGCCCUUUUAGGUGAUUUUCCGAGGUUGAUAGGUGCCGGCGAUUUUUUUUGAAAGUAGCUAAAUAUAGGUAAAAAAGCACGAGGAACAUUUUGAAAGCGGUUAGAAAGAGCGGAAAUGACUCCUAAGCAAUGUUGUAUUAUGGCGAAAAAAAUUUUUUUUAGGAUAGAGUAUCGAAAUUCGUGCUCUUUUCCAUCGCAAAGAGCGUCAAAAGACGAGCAAAAUGCUUUUUUAAUCAUCAAAAAAUAUGAACGUUAAACCGACUUACGAAUUUUUUCGAAAAACAAUUUACCCCUUCACCCGGUCCCACCAAAUUGGCGAAAUGAUAUCAUGAUCUCUAACCUGGUGGAAAAAGUUCCCCACCCAUGGGGCUUACUAAGAAAAAAAUUGGGCCGAUUCUGAGAUCAUGACUUUUUCAUUGUCCGGUGGGUUUUGCAGUUUUACAAAGAGUGUCUUUUAAAAAUAAUAGUUUUGACGUGGCAAAGUUGAAGAUGGGAUUUCUUGAGUACUGUGGGUUUGACGAAGACAAUAUUUUAAAAACUUCCAGAGUGUUGUUUUCAUGAAAUUCUUCCAGCUUUAAAAUCACAGUUUUGAUAAAAAUCCAUCUCAAAACUGUUAAUAAAAUUUUUCAGAAGAGCGAACUGUGGACUGCAUCUCAAGUCCCCAAAAAGACACAUGCACCCUUCUCGCCCCAACCGCCAAAACACCAAUUGAUCUUUCAACCUACAAAUGUCGUCGUGAACCAAUGCCUCAAUCAUCAUGGAAUACUUUAGCUGUCAAUUCGACUACAAGAAUUGCGUGUCCAUUAAAAUGUCCACCAAACUUUGAUUUAUCAGUUCUUCAGAAAAAACCAUAUGUCAACAAAAAUUGUCAAAAAUAUUAUACUUAUGGAAAAUAUCGAGAUGAAAAAGAGAAUGAUUGGUAUAUUUGGAUGACUGAACCAUGUGUUGCUGCCAUUUCAACACAUUGUAGAUUUAAUGAUGUUAAAACACACGAUGGAUCAGCUGGAAAACUUGAGCUCACAAGUCAUACAAAACCAAGUGAACAAAGAAAAGUUGUUGUUGUUUCAUAA